ACUGAAAGGCCGGGCGCUUUUGGGCGAAGCACGCAGGAACCGGAAGUUAGUGGAGGAAGACGGGCGCGGGACCUUACUGCUUUAACGUGGAAGAUGAACGUCCCUAGUCUCCUCUUGGCGGGAGGUAGGGUGCCUGCAAUACUGGGGAGGUGGAGAUGUUUUCCAGUUCCAUUAGGGUUCUCCUUAUUCCAGGGCCUACAUAAUUCCUGCUGUCGGAAAAAAUCCACUGCACCAAAGAAAAUUAUUCCCCAUGUUGAUUUUUCUGAUGAAAACGCAAAGGAGUCUGGAAAGGCACUUGACAAGCUCUUCUCUUCAGAACAGCAGGCUUCCAUCUUGCAUGUGUUGAAUACAGCGUCUAAUAAAGAACUUGAAGCUUUCACAUUGCUUCGUGGAAAAAAGUCCCUCAGUAUUGUAGAGCACAGAGAAAAGUUUGGGCCAUUUCAGAAUUUGGAGAGUUUAAUGAAUGUGCCCUUGUUCCAGUAUAAAACCACCAUUCAAGUUUGUAACUCCAUUCUUAAUCCAGAGACUGGAGGGAAAAAAAGGAAGUUACAGGAAAAUCGGCUCUUGAGAAAGCUCAUCAAACCAGAAGUAGGAAGAGAGAGACUUAAGGCAAUUAAUAGUAUUGUAUCCAUUGUUUCUGGUACUCGAAGAAUUGCCUGGGCUCACCUUGAUCGUAAACUGGCAGUGCUGGACUGGCAGCAAACUGAAUACUGCCGAUUGAUGAAAGGAACAUACCUAUCGUCGGUCUAUUUAGAAGAGAUUUCUUCAGUUAUUUCAAAGAUGCCUAAAGCCGACUUCUAUGUCCUGGAGAAAACAGGACCUUCAUUUCAGAACUCAUCUCUGUUUCCUAUACUAUUACAUUUUCAUAUCAUGGAAGCCAUGCUGUAUGCCUUGCUGAAUACAACUUUUACCCAGGAUGGCCAUCAUCAGGUGCUGAGCAUGAAUCGAAAUGCAGUGGGGAAGCACUUUGAACUGAUGAUUGGUGACACACGGACUAGUGGAAAAGAGGUAGUGAAGCAGCUCCUCUCAGAGUCUGUACUGAAAGAAGAGCCUCGGGUGUGCUUCCCACUAGAUAAGAUAGUCCACUACAGACAGAUGUUUUCAUCUACUGAACAAUACAGGGUAGAAGAGUUAUAUGAUUCAUUAUUACAAGCUAUUGCCUUUUAUGAAUUGGCAGUUUUUAAUACUGAAUCUUAAAAUUCUGAGGUUAGUAUGUUACAUGUUCUUAAUGUCAUAUUAAUUUAUAUUUAUUAGGUCUGAAGUUUUAAAACCAACUGUUUCGAACAUCCGUGUUAAUGGAGAAGAAAACAUAAGUUUGAGUGUAUUUAGAUGUUUCAAGUCAGACUUUUGGCUACUGAGUGGUUUACGCAAUAAUAAACCAAGGCUAAAUCAAUAAAUAUGAGAUUCUGUGCCUUUUGGGUUUAAGCGUUAAAAAAUAAGAUGUUCCCUAAACAUCCAAAACAAGAAACAAAGUUAUCUUCCUUGAAAGGCAAAUGCCAUCUCUACUAAAGGAUUUGCAUUAUUUUCAUACUGUUAAAAUAGGGAAUAAUGAUUUUUCUGGAUGGUGCUCAUCAUGGGAAUAAAGCUAAAUAUAACUGAUAACACAGCUUGUAGAAUCCUUCUUACUCUGAAAGUACAAUGUGGUUUGAUGCACUGCCUCCAGAAGGGAGUUUUCAUCAGCUCAAUCUAUUAAGCCCAAAACAAAUAAGCUUUAAUAGGCUUUUCUUUUUUUUGGCUGCACCAUGCAGCAUGCAGGAUCUUAGUUCCCCAACCAGGGAUUGAACCUGUACCCCCUACAGUGGAAGCGUGGAGUCUUAACCACUGGAAUGCCAGGGAAGCCCAAUAGGCUCAUUUUUAAACUUUGAAAUUUUUUUUUUUUGGUCUGCAUUGAGUAUUCGUUACUGUGCAUGGGCCUUUCUCUAGUUGCAGCGAACAAGGGCUACUCUUCGUUGUGGUGCGUGGGCAUCUCAUUACGGUGGCUUCUCUUGUUGCGGAGCACAGGCUCUAGGUGUGCGGCCUUCAGUAGUUGUGGCACACGGGCUCAGUAGUUGUGGCUCGCGGGCUCUAGAGAGCAGGUUCUGUAGCUGUGGCAUACGGGCUUAGCUGCUCCGUGGCAUGUGGGAUCUUCCCGGACCAGGGCUCGAACCCGUGUCCCCUGCAUUGGCAGGAGGAUUCUUAACCCCUGCGCCACCAGGGAAGCCCUAAACUUUGAAAUAUUUUACUUAACAGACCAUCUUUUGAGAAAAGUAGCACUUUUUUCCCCACAUCUCUCCAUUUCCAUUAGAUUUGCCUUAGUUCAGGCCCUCAUUAUAUCUCACCUAUACUGAACCCAAGUCUCUCUGAUGUCAAAGCAUUAAGUCUUUUCUUUCCUUUAAUCUAAAAGUGAAGUAUACUUGUUGGGGAAAAAAAAAUUCAAAUAAUCAGAAAUCUAUAAAAUACAUGGAAGUCCUCCCUUCCAGCACCUCCAACUCCCUAGGCAGUCUGAUGUACACUCUAGACUGUGGCCGUGCACAUGUAAAUCUCUACAUAUGUGACUGUAUACGUGAGCAUCUCCACCUUGUAACUGUUGUAGAUACCUCCAAGUACACAUCUGAAAUCAUUCUCUUUCCUCCAGACCACGUCAUUUGCCAUUGUUUUAUACUUUAGUAAACAGUUUCACCAACCAUUCAAUUGUUCAUGCCAGAUGUGUGGCAUUCUACUUCUCAGCAUUUCUAGAAAUAGCUGUAGUGAAAUGUGUCCAAAUUAGACAUUUAUGGGAUAAGAUGCUAAGUACUGAAGAGUCAUCAAAAUUUGGUUACUUUUAUCACAAAAGUAAAUCUUAAGUCUUACAGGAACCUUUAAGAAUUGAGAAAAUAUUUCCCAAAAUUAUGCUUAACCUUAAAAAAAAAAGAUAUUAAAUGUGUCCCUAUUAGGGAGGAAAAUACCCCCAUUAUUUCUUGGUUCUUGCUCAUUUAAAUACAAUUCUAUGGAGUUAUUUUACUUUGGUUCCUCAAUUGACGAGGAUUAUCCGAAUUUUCUAAUAAUUAAAGACCAAAUUAACUGGUAAAUGCUCUACAGGUAGUGGACUUUUGCAUUCAGUAGAAAAUAAUAAAUCCAUAUACUUAAAAAAAUGCCUUAGAUGUUAUUCUCUUUUGUACAGGGACAAAACCUAUAAGAUAUAGACGAUAUCCAAGCCUAUACAAUAUCCAUAUUUACCCAGAUGAUUACAUCUGGAACUCUCUAAACAUUGCAGUCUUUUAGCUUUAGCCUUUAAUUAAAUCAGUGUACUAUCAAUACAAGAAAAGGUAGGUUGAACAAAUAAGAGGUAAAAACAUUUUGUACACAGGUAUACAUCUAUUUUUCAACUGUACAAAAUUAGGAUCCUUAUCUUUUGAAGUGAAAAUUAAUUCACCAGAUAAUGUAACUGAAUAUUAAGCUAAUAUAUAAUAUAAACACUUGAAAUAGGAAACUAUUUUCAGAUACAUCUGAUUGCAAAAAUGAUUUUAAGUGAAAUGUGGUAUUUUAAAAUCUUGUAAUUAAAAAUAUAUACUUUCUCCAAAAAUAUAACCUUAAGUCGAAAUGGCUAUCAUGUAGAAAUCCUAGGGUAGAAUCUUUUGUUACAGUUUCAGUGAAUAGCAGUUUGUCCAAAAUAUUUAUAUUAUCAUUAAUAUCUUUAUGAAAUAAAACACCAAUGAUAUAAAAAUACAAGAAAAAUGUACAAAUGAUUUGAAUUGUCAAAAUAUACACGAUAUCACAUUUGUAUGGUUGCUAAAAAAGAUUUAUGAAAACUACAAUUCAUAAUCUUGAUUUCACCUUGUCAGCGUGCAGUGAUUCACAUGGUAAAAUAUACUGGAUGAGUACGCUAAAAAUAAUUUUAUCAGGAAGAUCUUAACUUUUUGAAAUUUCUUUCCUAGGAAGUUUGCUUAUGUAUUAUACAUGCUAUUUUGUAUCUUGGAUCGUAUAACCUUAUUUUAUUUAUUUAUUUAUUUA